AUGCCUGCCCUCCUCUCCACCGCCUUCCUCGCGCUUUUGGCCCAUGCACAUGUGGUCUUGGGCGGCAUUGCAGCUCGCGCGGCGCCUAGCGUGACUCUCGACUCGGGGAUAUUCACGGGCACGACAGGGUCGCGAAAUACGCAGAGCUUUCUCGGCAUCCCGUUUGCCCAGCCGCCUGUGGGCGACCUUCGAUUCCGCCUUCCAGUGGCCAACUCCCCGUACACCGGAACCCAUUCGGCCACUGUCAUGGGCCCCGGUUGUCCACAGCAGGCAGUCAAGCUCCCUCUCUUAACUGGCCUCCCGGGAGACGUCGUCGACAAGGUCAUCAACUCGAUCUUUGGAAUCGUGUUCCCAUCCAGCGAAGACUGCCUGACUAUCAACGUCAUCAAGCCCGCGACUGCGACGUCCACGUCCAAGUUACCUGUUGUUGCGUGGAUUUUCGGUGGAGGAUUCGAGCUCGGAAGCCCUCAAAUGUACGUUUUAUCUUCAGCGUGUUUCUUGUACUUAUUGUCCAACGACAGUCAUAUAUGUUUCGAUGAACUACCGGCAUUUGGUUUCCUCGCUAGCAAGGAAGUCCGCGCCGCCGGAGUUGGCAAUCUUGGCCUGCAAGACCAACGACAAGCCCUUCGCUGGGUUCAGAAGUACAUCGGGGCAUUUGGCGGCGACCCGACCAAGGUCACAAUUUGGGGCGAAUCAGCUGGCGCGAUAUCGGUUGCCCUUCAAAUGGUAGCUAACAACGGAGACAACGAGGGGCUUUUCCGCGGGGGCUUUAUGGAGUCAGGGUCUCCUAUUCCGACUGGCCCUCUGGAGAAUGGGCAGAAAUAUUACGACCAAAUCGUGAAGCAAGUCGGUUGCUCUGGCGCUGCGGAUACCCUUGCUUGUUUGCGGACUGUUCCUUUCGCGACUCUUAAGGCUGCCCAAGAUGCGACGCCGUUCAUUUUUGACUACCAGUCGUUGCUGCUCGCCUGGCUGCCUCGCGAAGACGGAAAGUUCUUGACAGCAAAUCCGCAAACCCUCGUCCAGCAAGGCAAAGUCUCGCCUGUCCCAUUCGUCAACGGCGACUGCGACGAUGAAGGGACGCUCUUUUCCUUUUCCACGACGAACAUCACCACGGACGCCCAGUUCCUUUCAUAUAUCAAGCAGAUUUGGGUGCCCGGAGCGACGACUGCCCAGCUGAACUCACUGAACUCGCUCUACCCCAGCGACCUCCCUGCUGGCUCGCCAUUCGACACUGGCUUUGCGGACGCGUUGACCCCGCAGUUCAAGCGCAUCGCCGCUUUCCAAGGAGACGCGGUCUUCCAAGCGCCCGCGACGAUUUUUCCAGCAAUCGCGCUCAGGAAAGCAGAACCAGUGGGGCUUUUUGAGCAAGCGCGAGAAGCUCGUGCCCUUCCUCGGCUCGUUCCACGCGAGGCGACAUCCUGA